AUGGCAGGAGAGCCAAACCAUCAAUAUCCCGAUCGAUGCCCUUGUGCCACCGCAAUCGCAAAUAGAAGUGAAGCAACAAUUGUAUCAGACCAACAUUUCAUUCGUCGUCAAAGUGCAGGAAGCAUUAAAGACGAGAAUCCCAACGUCAACGCUAGUUCUUGCAAUACGAAAGCAGCUCACAGAAUGGACUGGAUGAGCUAUCACCGACUGGACAACAUUUAUGGGUACUUGAAUUAUUUGGCGGAAACGUACCCAAACCUUGUCCAGUUAAUUAAUAUCGGCGCUUCGUACGAAAAACGGACGCUCUACGUCGUUCGCAUAUCUAAUUCAUCCAAACCUGAUACGCAACCCGCCGUUUGGAUCGAUGGAGGAUUUCACGCCUGUGAGUGGAUCACACACGCGUUGGCCACAUACGCGUUGGCCACAUACAUUAUCCAACAGCUGGUCGAAGAACCGGCAAACGCGAAGCUUUUGUUCAACAUCGACUGGUACAUUAUGCCGGUUGUCAAUCCCGACGGUUAUGAAUACUCCCAUGUGAUAAAUCGUCUCUGGAGAAGAUCCCGGUCCAACACAGGAUUGAGGCGGUGUCAAGGUGUUGAUCUGAACCGUAACUUUGACUUCAAGUGGGGUGGUCCAGGAUCGAGCAGUAAUCCCAGCUCCGAAACAUUCAAAGGAUCCAAAGCCUUUUCUCAGCCAGAGGCUGUUGCGUAUUCAAAAUUCAUCAAAAGCAAAUCCAAUCAAAUCAAACUUUACUUGAGUCUUCACAGCUAUAUGGCCAAUUGA